UACAUUUAAAGGUAGAGGUCAACCAAUAAGGUAUUUGCUAGCAGAUAAUGAUAUUCCUCAUGAAGAUUCCAUCAUACAAGGUUUUUCUGAAGCUGCUGCAGCUGAUGCUAAAGUAAAUCCGCUUACACUGGAUAAAAUCUUUAGUGAUUCAUUUGAUAAAGAUUAUAGCUACACUGAAGAAUGGAAAAAACUCAAAUCUGAGGUGCCAUUCAAUGUGUUACCUGUGCUCAAGACCCCAGAGGGCCCAGUGAUAUCACAGACCAAUGCCAUCUUGCGCUAUCUGGCCAGGAAGUAUGACCUGUAUGGUACAACUGAAGAUGAUGUUACCCAGAUAGAUAUUCUAAUUGAGCAUGAGAGCGAAGGGAGGGAGCAGAUAUAUGUUAGGGGUUAUAGUGACUAUCAUGCUACCCAGAGAGAAAAGCUGGUGAGGUUCAUCCUCCCAGAUAACCUCAGACCUCUGGAGAAUGAACUGAAGAAAAAUAAUGGUGGAACAGGAUUUCUAGUGGGAGACAAGAUUUCCUUUGCUGAUUACAAAAUAGCCGACUUCCUAGACACAUGUCUGGCAGUAGAUUCGACAAUCCUUGAUCCAUACCCUCUGUUGAAGGCCUAUCUGGAGAGAAUUCUUUUAAGACCAAAGAUAGCAGAGUUGAGAGGAAAGGAACCAUAUAAGUCGAUGACCUUCCUUGGUUGCAGAAUUAUCUAAUCUGGCAAGGAUUCCAAUGUAAACAAUACAUGACUUAUUUCUCAUGCUUUUGAUUGAACAUUUUAGAAACAUUUGAACUUCCUGCCAUUUAAGCAACAAAAGAUUAGAUUUAAUGAAUAUAAAGUAUAACAAUAUAAACUGUUAUCUAUUGGAUACUGUAAAUUGCUUUAAUUUGACGGCCGUUUUAAUUUGGCUAAUUAAGCGGAUAGAUAAGAACUACCAAAUUAAGUCUCCCCCAAUUUUUUGAAAAAGUCCCCGGGACCUUAAGUCUCAUUGAGAAUUCUUUCAAUAUUUUAAUUGUAACCUCAUUUUUUACAUUUUAGCUCAUAUAUGAAG